GGACCAUAGGAACAAGAAGAGGAGCUCUUGGUCUCCUGGUUGCUGUCUGUGCAUAUUUACUACUUACAGACUUGCAGGAUGGCAGACUUACAUCUGUCCACAAUAUUUGCUCUGCCCGUUCAAGACCCUUCCUGUGCCCAUGAGAGAAUCACAGAGGUAGAAAACUUCCACUCUGGGUUACAGAACUCAAUAACCUUUGAGGAUGUGGCCAUGGACUUCACCCAGGAAGAGUGGACAUUGCUGAAUUCUUCUCAGAGAAAACUGUACAGAGAUGUGAUGCUGGAGAACUAUAGAAACCUGGCUUGGCUGGGACAUCAACUCAGCAAACCUCCUCUCAUCACCCAGAUGGAGCAGGAAGAUGACAUGGAGGCAGCAGAGAGAAGGACUCACCAAGACAGCUGUCCAGGUGAAAUGAUUCUCCUUAAAACCAAACAAUCACCGAAUAAGCAAGGUGUUUUGGAGAAAUGCACACUCAAUGGCAAGAAGGAACAAACUCACAGAGGCAGUCCCACUAAAUGCAGUGGAAUUGUUGAAGCUUUGAGCAUGAAAUCUAGCAUUGCCCAGAAUAUGAGAAUUUUCCCUGGAGAGAAACCCCAUCAACACCUUGACUCUGAAGAACCCCUCAGAGAUUGUUCACAUCUUAAGCCACACGGGAGAAUUCUUCCUGGGGAGAAUUCUUAUGAAUGUAACAAAGAUAAAAAUGCCUUCACCAGGAGCCCUUACUUAGCUGUGCACGAGGGACAGCGCAGAGGAAAGAAACCCUAUGAAUGCAGUGACUAUGGGAAAGUCUUAAAUUCAAUCUCACAUCUUGAGAAGCAUGAAAAAAAUCACAUUGGAGAGAAAUCUUUUGCAUGUAGUCAGUGUGGUAAAGUGCUACAGAGCAACUCGUCCAUUCAGUUGCACAUGAGAACCCACACUGGAGAAAAGCCUUUCAAGUGUAAUCAGUGUGGGAAAGCCUUCAGCUCCAGUUCUUACCUUACACGCCACAGGAGAAUUCACACUGGGGAGAAGCCCUAUGAGUGCCGUCACUGUGGGAAAACCUUCAGAGACAGCUCACUUCUCAGGCAACACUCGGGUACUCAUUCAGAAGAAAAACCCUACAAAUGUAAUCAGUGUAGCAAAACCUUCAGUAGAAGCUCUAGGCUGUUGAUGCACCAGAUAACACAUACUGGGGAGAAACCCUAUACAUGCAGUGAUUGUGGGAAAGCCUUCAGUGUUCUCCCAUACUUUAAAAGACAUAAGAGAAUCCACACUGGAGAGAAAUCUAUUGAAUGUAGCCAGUGUGGAAAAGCACUAAGCAGUCAGUCAUCUCUUAAGACACACCUGAGAAUACAUACUGGAGAGAAACCCUACACAUGUGAUCAGUGCGGGAAAGCUUUUAGACUGAGCUGUACCCUUAUCACACACAAGAAGAUUCAUACUGGAGAGAGACCCUGUAAGUGCAAUGACUGUGGGAAAGCUUUCAGGGAUCACUCAUGCCUUAAAGAACAUGUACGAAUUCACACUGGAGAAAGACCCUUUACAUGUAAUCAGUGUGGAAAAGCCUUCAGAGUGAAAUCUUUCCUUGUUUUACACAAGAAAAUUCACAUGAGGAUGACACCUGAAUGUCAGGAAUGUGGGAAAACCUUCCGCGGUCUCUUAUCUUAUAGGAGACAUAUGAAAAAACACACAAGGGACAAGAAACCUUUUAAGUGCAGUGAGUGUGGAAAAGCUUUUAGCAGACAUGCGUCCCUUACAAUACACAAGAGAACACACACUGGGGAGAAACCCUAUGAGUGUAAUCAGUGUGGGAAAUGCUUCAGUGUAAAGUGUAACCUCAAUGUGCACAAAAGAAUACAUACUGGAGAAAAACCCUAUAAAUGCAGUGUUUGUGGGCGAACUUACAGUAAGCCCUUAUCCCUUCAGCGUCAUGAGAGAACUCAUGCAAAAUAAAUCCCCUUUUAAUGGCAUCCUCUUUCAGUGAACUUUCAGACUUUAAGACUUACAGCCAAAUAAAUGCUAACCAAAGAGAUCUGGUUGUGAGGAAUGUGAGAAAGCCUCUGAGUCAUACAUUUGUGAAAGAAACCUAAGUUAUGCAAUGACUGCAAAAUCUAUUCAUUCAUUAUCCCUUAGAAGAUUUGUGAUAACACUGAAGGGGAAAUCUUUUAAUAUUGUUAAGGCUUGUUUCUUGAGAAAAAUAAACACCUAAUGUUUUAAGCCA